CGAGGCGGAGCGAGGAUGGGUGCGGCCAAUGGGCGCGGGCGGCGUCUGCGGUGCGACGGAAGUCCUGCUUGGCGUCGCUCGGGGAGGGGGCGUUGCGCAGGCGGGGGGCCGUCGCGCGGGGGCGGGGCGUCACGGCCAUUGCUGGGGCUCCGCUUCGGGGAGGAGGACGCUGAGGAGGCGCCAAGACGGGCAGCGCUGUGGGAGAGGCGCCCGCGCCGACCCGCGGGGCCCAUGGUCAGGACCACCAGUCAGUUAGGAACCGCCCUGGGCUUCCACCUGGAACGGGGUCCCUGGCGUCUUCGCCGGCGAGAGAAGCAGAAGGUGCAAGUUCUUGCUCGAAACACCUGACGCGCCUGGGCCCCCGUUUCCAGAUUCUCGAUGGCAGUGGUCGGGUAAAUUCUCCUUUCACGGCCUGGCCAAGGGGCAUUUGGGUGCUUUUCCUGCCCGUGGCUGUGCUCAGCGUUGUGGGAAGCCCCUGGGAGGCCGAAUGUGCAGGAUCACCGAGGGGAAAGUGAGCUUGACAGGUAGGAGGGAUUUUACGGGAAGGACCGAAACAAACCACUUGUUGGGUGAAAUGUUUUGCUAAAAAGUAUCCCUGGUGUUUAUUUUCUCUUUGUUGCUAAAAGUAUCCCUGGUGUUUUUAUAUUUUCUAUACGGUAAGUUCUACAGUCUGGGGAAGACGGUAUGCGAUGUGCAGUGGGUGACGGAAGAACAUCUACAUAGCUUGCAAAAUUUGAUUUAAAAGGCAAAUAUUUUAAAUGAAGGAAAACCAAAGAAAUUUACUUGAUCCCUUAUCUUUCAGGAUGCGGCUUUUAUUUUAUUUCAUUUAUUUAUUUAUUUAUUUAUUUAUUUAUUUAUUUGAUGGAGUCUGGCUCCCGUCGUGCAGGCUGGAGUGCAGUGACGCGAUCUCGGUCACUGCAACCUCCACCUCCCGGGUUCAAGUGAUUCUCCUUCCUCAGCCGUCCGAGUAGCUGGGAUUAAAGGCGUGUGCCACCAUGCCUGGCUAAUUUUUGUAUUUUUAGUAGAGGCAGGGGAAGGUAUGGGCCUUCUGAGAAAAUGCAGAGUGACACUGAAUUUUGUAACGAUGUCAGGAGGCUCUUGAACCUUCUGCAGCUCACUCAUGGACUUUGUAGAGAUGCGUGAUAAUCCAAAGUGUUAAGGAAGAGGGUUCAGUUGAGAAAAAUGUUGGAGGGUGAAAGGGAUGCCUUUCGCUAUUUCGCAUAUGUGGCUGUACCCCAAAGUGCCCUGACUAACAUGCAAAAACAUCAAUUAGGCGGCUUGCUGAGGCUCAGCGGAGGCUGGGGCCGAGAGUCAUGUGGAAGUCUGUGGUUAACCUGCACCCAGUGACAGUCAUGGCGAAGUUUGUGAGGUUAACUCGCACCCAGUAACGCUGUUGCAAUGCAAGGUGUAUAUUUGGUGUCAUCCACGAGAAGAGGAAAGAGCAAAUUUUCUCACGGCCUUGGCAGUUCCACAUGAUGGACGUUUAGUAUCUGUAGUUUUCUUCGCAUAAGGCAGCUAU